AUGGCUUCGCUGAAACUGGGCAGUACUCUUUCGUAUGCGCUGAUCUUUUGCGAGGCAGUUUUCAGCAUUUGCAUUAUCUCCUACGAUGCCGCCAUGAUCAACAACCUGAACGCCGUCGUGCCGUACCGACAACAUUUUGAACUCGAUAGUGAUAUGGUCGGUCUCAAUGCUGCCAUCAUCAGCGCCGGGUGCAUCAUUGGCGCUCCCGUUGUUGGCCACCUCGUCGAUCGCUGGGGGCGUAAGGCUGGUCUUGGGCUAGGCGCUACGAGCAUCAUCAUAGGCGUCAUAUUAGAAGCAUCCGCAACUAAAGUUGCACAACUCGUCUGCGGUCGCUUUCUCAUCGGCUUUGCUACUUUGAUCAAUGGUUCUGUGCCGCCCAUGUGGAUUAUGGAGCUGGGAGCGCCCAGGUAUAAAUCAAUGCUGGCCAACGCCGUGCUAGUCUCCGCGCCAUUUACCGCCUUUUUCACUACGUGCAUCUUUUUAGGGAUAUGGGAUAAGCAGUCGAACUGGGCAUGGCGUGGAAUCAUGCUUGGAGAAGCAGUGCCAUCCGUCCUUGCUCUAUGCCUUCUACCAUUCGUCGACGAGAGCCCACGAUGGCUCUUCCAUAAGGGCCGUACUGAAGAAGCUAUCGAAAUUCUCGCUCGUCUGCAUGCCAACGGAGAUCGCCAACAUCCCUUGGUGAUCGCAGAGACUCAGGAGAUCAUGGGAACUUUGGAACAUGAAGAGCAACACGACGGUGGCUGGAAAGAACUCAUCGCGCCUGCUUCCAAUCUGAAAAGAUUCAUCAUCGCCGUGCUGAUCAACAUUUGCUAUCAAAUUAUAGGUGCAAACGCCAUCCUAUACUUCUCAUCCUUCUUAAUUGCCGGACUGGGGAUUGGAAAUUACGGUACUAUCAUCCAGGUGAACAUGGGCCUACUGUUAUGGAACGCCUUUUGCAGCCUUGCCGGCGUCUUCGUCAUUGACAAGAUCGGCACUCGUAAGGCUCUUAUCUUUGGCACAGCUGCAACUGUCGUCCUCUUUGCUAUUCUUUCCGGCCUUUCGUACCUUGCAGACCAACAUCCCGACGACCAUCGAUAUGCCAUUGGCGCCAUCGCUGUUGUGGGCUUAUUUCUUUUGGCCGUGUCUUUCAGCUGGAUGCUCCUUGCCUAUACAUAUCCACCCGAGAUCUUGAAAUACUCACAGCGGUCUAAGGGUGUGGCAAUUGCUCAGGCCAUUGGCUAUGCUUUCAGCUUUCUCAAUCUCUACACGGCGCCGAUAGCUAUGGAGAAGAUUGGCUGGCGGUACUUUGCCAUCAACGGCGGGUGGAACCUCGCAAUCUUGGCUACUGCGAGUUGGUUGUUCGUUGACACAAAGGGCAGAACUCUAGAGGAGAUUGAUGAGAUCUUUGAUGGAAUGAGUCAUACCGAUGGCGUGAUUAUAGGAACAGAUAUUGCGCAGAGCUUUGAGCUAGAUACGACGGGCAAGGCAGGAAAGAUUGUUAGGAAGAAGCCUACAUUGGCCUCUACCAACACGAGUUGA